AUGGUCGGGCUAUCAAACCGUUUGUGGGAGACUUCCUUGAUCCUCCUAGCAACACUGUCCUUCCCUGAGUGUGGCCAAGCGGUGCCGCACGCGACCCAACAUGGAACCGAAACAUGUUCAAGGAAGCCACUGAUGGAGGAUUUUGACUCCAUCGGGGCUUGGUUUGAUGGCGUCGCAGCAGUCAACUGCACUUCAGUCACCAGAAACUCCAACGUUUCUAUCGCCAUUGUGGGCGGGGGUAUCUCUGGUCUUACCACAGCCUUGAUGCUCGAUAGCAUCGGCUUCCACAACUGGGAGAUCAUCGAGGCAAGUGAGAGAAUCGGCGGACGGUUCAGGACCAAGUUUGUCGGUGGGACCCAAGAGUUCGCCGAGAUGGGGCCUAUGAGACUUCCGCAUACUGUCACGUACAAAAGCGACAACUCGACAGAAGUUUACACUGAGCACGGUUUAACCUACCAACUGGCCAACACCCUCAACGAAAUGAACAAGAACGAUUCAAAAUGGAAGGUUGACUUCAUUCCAUGGAUUCAGCAUCAUCCCAAUGAGCUCAUCGCUUGGGGAACUGGGAGACAUCCAGACGGCAGUGUCCCAACUCGAGCAGACAUCCUCGCCAAUCCUUGUCUUGGAAGGCCUCCAGCGUUGACCUCUGCGGAGUACAACGAGACCAAAGCCCGCAUGAACAAGAUACUCAAAAACGAAACCAUGCUGAGGGAGAUUCAGCGAGAUGUCUGGCGCUCGCACAAACGUGUCAUGGACAUGGGUCUCGAUGACUGGAGUCAACAGUGCAUGAUGAGGGAAGCCUUUCACGCAACUGAGAAUGUCACCGAUGCCAUCUGGACUGCUUCCGACUAUGAUGUCUUUUGGGAUGAAAUGGUCCACAAUUCUAAUCUUGGACUGGACGGCACCAGAGACUCGUUGGGGGAGACCGAGUGGAAGUGCGUCGAUGGUGGCUUCAACAGACUAUCAGAUGCUUUUCUACCUCAUGUUUCUGACAGACUGGUCAUAAACCGAAAAAUCAGAAAACUCGAGACCGUGCAGAACAAGGACGGUCACACUCGCACUCGACUAUCGUGGUACCCCAGUGUCAGCAACCGGACAUUUGAGUCCAAAGAGUACGACUACACCAUCAUGGCCGUUCCUUUCACCAUGACGCGAUUCAUGGAGCUGCCAACCUUUUCCUCGGUUCUCGGCCGUGCCAUCAGUGAAGCAGGCCUCAGGUUCAAGUCUGCCUGCAAGGUUUCCCUGCUCUUCUCCGAACGCUUCUGGGAAAAGGGCGAGAGGCCGAUAUUUGGUGGCUACUCGAUGCCAACCAGUAGGCCAAUCGGGGCUCUCUACUACCCCGUCUAUGGACUGAACGAGUCGCGACCGGGUCUUAUCACGCACUAUCGCGGAGGCGACUGGAGUGAUCGCUAUGUCAGCUUUUCCGAUGAAGAGCAUGCGCAGCUGGUGUUGGAUUCCAUCGUGAGCUUGCACGGAGAACAGGCGGGAGAGCUCUACACAGGAGACUACGAGCGUCUCUGCUGGCUACAGGAUGAGCACACCGCUACAUCUUGGUGUAGACCAGACGUCGAACAGCACAAGCUCUACAUCCCAGCUUAUCAUCGCACCGAGCACAAUACCAUCUUCAUUGGCGAACACACCGCGCCGACGCAGGCCUGGAUCAGCUCGGCCAUUCACUCGUCGGCUAGAGGAACUAUCCAGCUUCUUCUUGAGCUUGGCAUGAUUGAUGAGGCAAAGAAGGUGAACGAGGAAUGGAUGGGGAGGUGGAUCGAGCAUCAGUAA